CCUAUAUGCGUAUUAAAGUUCACUCCACGAUGGGACAUUUCACAGGAAGACGAUCGAAAAGGAAAUGCACCUAUUUCUAGCCUGCAACGAGAACUGAGUAAAUCGCCAAAUAUUGUACCACUGCACCAAGCGAAAGAGCUAUUUCAGGAGGAAUGUUAUACUGCAGAGCUGGACGAAAUGAUCACUGGGUUAACUCGCAAAAGGAACUGUUCGCUAGUUUCGGUCGAUAACGAGCAACACGGCAGCAGCGCCGCCGGGAUGGAUGAUGGCUUUUCGACGGAACUUGACCACAGUUCAGACUCCGAGACAGUUGAAGCCCUGAAGAUGAAAGUGGCAGCCUUAGAAAAAGCCAAUCAGCAAAUUUAUGAAUUCGCAGCAUCACUGAUCAUUGAUCGGAGCUAG